AUGGGUAGAAGCCCUUGUUGUUCUAAAGAGGGAAUGAACAGAGGAGCUUGGACCGCCACUGAAGACAAAAUUCUCACUGAUUAUAUCAAGGUUCAUGGUGAAGGGAAAUGGAGUAACAUUCCCAGGGAAGCAGGCCUUAAUAGAUGUGGGAAAAGCUGUAGGCUUCGGUGGAGGAACUAUUUGAGACCUGAUAUCAGAAGAGGGAACAUUUCUUCUGAUGAAGAAGAUCUCAUCAUCAGACUUCACAAACUCUUGGGCAACAGAUGGUCCCUGAUAGCAGGGAGACUUCCGGGGCGAACGGACAAUGAAAUCAAGAACUAUUGGAACACCCAUUUAUCAAAGAGGGGACAAGAGAAGGAGCGACGACCAGAAUCAAACCAUUCCAAAGUUGAAAAGAAACCUAUCACCAGUAGAAUGGAUGAGAACCCAAUUAGCUCAUGUGUUAUUCGCACCAAGGCACCGCGUUUCAAAGAGGUCUUUAUCACCCCUGAUGAUCAGAUUCAGCAACACAGAAUUGUGGCUAUUCCACCCUCAGUGGAUGCAAAUUUAGUGCAAAAUGUUGCAGCAGGAUUGGAAUCCAGUGAUGUUACAUUUAUGUCCUGCAAUGAAGAAAAUUAUUCUCUGGAUUUCUUGGUGAAUAUCAAGCCUAGGGAAAUAAAUAUUUCAGAAAUCCUUGAUUCUGGUUUCACAAAUCAUAGUCAUGAUCUUGAUGCUCCGGAGAUGGAUAAAGUGAUGAAAGGAGAUGAUGCUGAUACUUAUACGAGCAAAAUUGCGGAAUCACAAGCAUUUUUGUUACCAGAGGAAAUGGAGCAGAACUGGCGUGGAAGUGACUAUAAUAUUCAAGCCAACUUGGAUUCAGAUUUUGGAUCUUUGGUUGCUUUCCUUGAAUCUGCUGAAGAAUGGAUAAUUUGAUUCCUUUUUGUUAAUCUAAACUCGCGAGUAU